UGCGCAGUCUAUUACUUCCGAAGUCACUCGCCCAGCAUCCCUCUCGCAUCGCAUCCCCUUUGGAGCCAGUGGCUGAGCGCGCCGCGCGGGAAACGGUCGUCAAUCCCGCGCCCAAACAACAAACAACCGGAAAAACGCGCCAACGUUUUGACGUUUAAAAUUAAAAACAAAACACAACCAUCGAUUCAGGCGCAUCAUUUCACUUUUUAUUCACUUUCCGAACGACGCAAUCGAUAGAGGCCAGGCGUUCGAUUUUCAAACGCGUAGCAUUCGGAUGUGAUGUGCAAUUUUGAGAAUGUUCGAAAUUUAAAAGUGCUCGGUUAUUAGUGACCUUGAUUGGGUGGAUUGUGCAGUGAUAUUUGUUUUUUUUCGGUGAUAUUUGACAUUCUACGCAGGAAUGGAUGGAGAGAACAGGAUUAUUUUGAACGUUGGCGGUAUCAGAUACGAGACAUACAAGGCCACGCUGAAGAAGAUCCCGGCGACACGGCUGUCGCGGCUCACGGAGGCGCUGGCCAACUACGACCCGGUGCUCAACGAGUACUUCUUCGACCGGCAUCCGGGCGUGUUCGCCCAGGUUCUGAACUACUACAGGACGGGCAAGCUCCACUACCCCACGAAUGUGUGCGGGCCGCUGUUCGAAGAGGAGCUGGAGUUCUGGGGGCUGGACUCCAACCAGGUGGAGCCUUGCUGCUGGUCCACCUACAGCAUACACAGGGACACGCAGAACACACUCGCGAUCCUCGACAAGCUCGACAUCGACAGCGAGAAGCCCUCAGAAGAAGAGAUCGCGCGGCUGUUUGGCUACGAGGAGUCGUACUUGGCGGGCGAGCUGGGCGCGUGGCAGCGACUCAAGCCGCGCGUGUGGGCGCUGUUCGACGAGCCCUCCAGCUCGCCCGCCGCUAAGGUGAUAUCUGCCCUCUCUGUUUUCUUCAUCUGCAUAUCGGUGCUCUCUUUCUGCCUCAAGACGCAUCCAGACUUACGAGUGACAGUGCCCACGGAAGCGCCGCGGAUGAUAAACGGGACUUUAGACUUUAUGUUAAGUGAAAAGAGUUGGUUAGACAGUGGCGUGCCUCAUGAGUCGUUCUUUUAUAUAGAGCUUGUGUGUAAUGUGUGGUUCACGAUCGAGCUGCUGGUGCGGUCUGUGGUAGCACCGAACAUUAUAGAGUUUAUCAAAUCGCCAGUGAACCUAAUAGACUUUAUAGCAACGCUAAGUUUCUACAUGGACGUAGUGGUCGAAAUAACUGAAGUGAGAAAAAACGUGGACAGAGCCGACAUUCUAGAGUUUAUCUCCAUAAUAAAGAUAUUGAGGUUGUUCAAACUGACCAGACAUAGUCCGGGGCUGAAGAUUUUAGUGCAUACGUUUAAGGCUUCGGCCAAGGAGUUGACACUGUUGGUUUUUUUUCUCGUGCUCGGCAUCGUGAUAUUUGCGAGCCUCGUGUACUACGCGGAGAAGUCACAGGAUAACCCAGACAACCAGUUCAAGUCGAUCCCGCUCGGCCUCUGGUGGGCUAUCGUCACCAUGACGACCGUGGGCUACGGCGAUAUGGCCCCCAAGACCUACUUGGGCAUGUUCGUGGGCGCGCUGUGUGCGCUCGCCGGGGUGCUCACGAUAGCCCUCCCGGUGCCUGUCAUCGUGUCCAACUUCUCCAUGUUCUACUCUCAUACGCAGGCGCGGUCAAAACUUCCUAAGAAGCGUCGCCGAGUGCUCCCGGUGGAACAGCCGCGGCGGAUGAAGCGCGAGGUGACCGCCUCCAACCGGCGGGUGAACGCGGUGAAACAUCCCGCCGUCAUGAAAGAUCUCUCGCCCGGCAGCAACAAGUUCGGUGUAAACGGCAUGAACAUGAUAAGCCUGGCGCUGCAGGCGCCGCCCUGCGUGCUUCGCCCGCCCACCACCGUCGCGCUGCCGCUGCAGGCCCGCGCGCCCAUAGUUGAGAGUCCAAUCAUCAACACCCAAUCUGGUGCCAUCUCCCUAGCGUCAUUGCAACCACCACUGAUGACUGCUCCUCCACUGCAACCCAGGCCUGCCACCACUGGAGCCUUAGACCUGAUGCUGCCAUUGCAACCCAAACUACUCCCAGGAUACAACCUGCAAACGUCAUAUCUCUCCAGCACUCUUUCCACCGUAAGACCACCGGACCUAGUCGAAAGCAACGGCGGAGAAGCCUACAAGCAAAUAGAAGUUUUGUUGGAAAAAAGAGAGUCGAUGUCUGAAAGUUCAGUUAAAGACAACGAUGAGUUGGAUUAUGAGCCUGAUUGUGAAAAGGGUGAUGAUGUAGAUAAUAGUGUAAGUGUUAACGAAAGUUCAGUUGAGAAUAGUUUUGGCAAUGCUGACAAUGAAGAUGAUAAUUCAGUUUUUGCUAGGAGUGAAAUCAAUUCUAAUACAAUAGAUACUAAGGUAGACACUAGUGUAGAUUCCAAUGAUUAUAGUCCUAAUAACAAUUCACAUUGAUCAUACGUUGGACUCAAUUUUGAUUGUAUGUAUUUAAGUAGUCAGUUAUUGUAAGUUAGUUAGGAAGUUAUCCAAAAGUAGACCUUUUAAAACAAUUAUAAAUGAAAUAAAAGCUAAUUACUUAAAACUUAAAUCCAAGUGAUUACAGUCUAUUCAGUUAGAAACAAAAAUAAGGUAUUUUAAUGACCAAUAUUUUGAAGUUAAAUUAUAGAUAUUUUAAAUCUACUCCAAUAUUAUUCUUCAUCGUAUAAGUAGUACCUAAGUACUUUUACAUUUAUUUACCUAUUUUUAAUUAAAAGACGAAAAUUUAUGAAUGCUGUAUCAUAUUGAGAAUGCUAAUCGGUAAGUAAUUUAAGCAGCAUGGGACGCCCUCCUGCCCGCUGGACUGACGACCUUAGGCGGGUAGCCGGUAGUGGUUGGAUGAGGAAGGCCGAGGACCGAGUGUUGUGACGCUCCUUGGGAGAGGCCUAUGUCCAGCAGUGGAUGAUUAUUGGCUGAUGAUGAUGAUGAAGUAAUUUAAAAAAAUAGAUAUGUACGUAGUGCUUCACAACCAGAACCAAAAAUUUUACAAAAUUAGUCUUUGGUGUUUUUUUUUUGUUUUCAUUAUAAAUUAUUUUCUAUUUUCUUUACACUAUAAAUUUCGAAUUCUUUUCGAGAAUUUUAAAAAAAUUCCCCACGACACUAGUC